UGGAUGGAGGCUACAGGCUGCUCGCUGACGUUCGUUGUUGUUAACAUUAGCACUUUAUUCUCGUCAUUUUUCCGAGUCUGUGCAGUGGUGUACUUCAACAGAGUUGCAAGCUGCUUUAGAGGUUUUGUCUGCAGAGACGAGACCAGAGACAUCAGCAGCUGAAUCACUCAGAUUUCCCUCUUGUGAUUGCAAAAUUCAGCAAGUGUUUCUGACUAGAAAUCACUUUUAAACAAAUAAAGACAUGCUGCAGCAGUUGAUGAGUAAAGAAGAAAUGCCUCCUGAACAACAGGAGUUGAAUCUGACUGUUGACCAGAAGGAGAUUAGAGAGGAACAAGAGAAACACUGGACAAGUAAUGAAGAACAGCAGCUUCACAGGUUGGAUGAGGGAGAAAUCAUUAAGUUACCAUUCACUGUUCUCCCUGUGAAGAGUGAAGAUGAAGAAGAAAAACCACUAUCCUCACUAAUUCAUCAAAGUUCAGGUUUUAACCGCCUCGCUUGGGAACAGUUUAUAUGCUCUGAAUGUGGAAAAGCACUUGAUCAGAUGCACCAUUCAAAGCAACAUGAGAAAAUUCAAACAAGUGAAAAGCUCUUGACCUGUCCAGAGUGCGAUCAAAGGUGGAGGCAAAAGUACAAUCAGAACACACACAUGAGUAGUCAUACAGGAGGGAAACUACUUGGUGGUUCUGAUGGUGGUGAAAAAUGUGGAAAAAAAACAGAUGUGAACAGACACAUGGGAAUUCAUAGAGAGGAAGCAGAGAAACAUUUUGGCUGUGCUGAAUGUGGAAAAAAAUUUUCAGAAAAAAGAUGUUUUUACAGACACACAAGACUUCAUACAGGAGACAAACCAUUUGGAUGUUUUGAGUGUGGCAAACAAUUUGGACAGAAAAGUCAUUUGAGCAGACAUAUGAGAAUGCAUACAGGAGAAAAACUAUUUGGAUGUUCUCAGUGUGAGAAAAGAUUUGGACAUAAAAGUGACCUCAAAGCACACAUGAGAAUUCAUACAGGGGAGAAACCAUUUGGCUGUUCUGAGUGUGGUAAAAGAUUUGGAAGAAAAAGGUGCCUGAACGCACACUUGAGAAUUCAUACAGGAGAGAAACCGUUUGUUUGUUCUGAGUGUGGUCAAAGUUUUAUAGAAAAUCGCAGCCUGAAAAGACACAUCAGAAGUCAUACUGGAAAGAAACCAUUUGUCUGUUCAGAGUGUGGUAAAACAUUUGGAGAAGAAAGCAAUUUGAACAAACACAUUAGAAUUCACACGGGUGAAAAACUGUUUGGCUGUACUGUAUGUGGUAAAGUAUUUGGACAAAAAGGAAACCUGAGCAGGCACAUAAGGAUACAUACAGGAGAGAAACCAUUUGUCUGUUCUGAGUGUGGUCAAACAUUUGGACAAGAAAGCAAUUUGAAUAAACACAUGAGAGUUCACACUGGGGAGAGGCCAUAUGGCUGUUCUGAGUGUGGUAAAACAUUUGGACAAAAAAUCAAUCUUGACUCUCACAUGAGAAUUCAUACAGGAGAGAAGCCAUUUGGCUGUUCUGUGUGUGGUAAAACAUUUAGAGAAAGGGGGUUUUUGAGUGCACACAUAAAAAGUCAUACAGGAGAGAAACCAUUUGGCUGUUUUGAGUGUGAUAAAAGAUUUGGCCAAAAAAGUCAUCUCAACACUCACAUGAAAAUUCAUACAGGGGAGAAACCAUUUGGCUGUAACGCCUACAAAUGCAGCUCAACCACUCAUGGGCUUUUUGAGGUUGCCAUGGGUGCACCAUCUCCCCCUACAGAGGGAUGCCUGUUAAGUUAAUUGUUUGUUCCAUCAUAGACUCUGUCCCUGCGUGUAAGCCCGGAUGCCCUAUAGAGGAACCCCAUUUCUGCCACUUUUAUCACAUCAAAUCAAUUUUAUUUAUAUAGCGCC